AUGGAACGGCGAGAUGUGACCCGGUUACAGGAAGUUGUUACUAUGGAUGUCAACCAAACUACCACGGCAGCAAGUGUCAACGACUCUGCAACCUUGCUAAGUACCUGUUUGGACCCAAUCUGUGACAGCGGCUUUUUCGGAGAGACCUGUAACCAGUCCUGUCCUGCUAACUGCGGUUUGGAUCCAAAUGGCCUCGCUUACUGUGACUUCACUUCCGGAGAUUGCACGUAUGGCUGCCGGGACGGCUACUAUGGAGCGAAAUGCACGCUCGGAUGUUCCCAGUUCUGUAAAAGAAGCCCCGCAAAUACAGAAAUGGCGUGCAAUGUUGGUAAAUUUGGGACAUUCUGUAACGAAGACUGUCCCGGCGGCGUUCAAUGUAGGAAUCUAACCUGCAACCGCUACACCAGCACCUGCAUUGGGUGCGUGGUGGGCAGAUGGGGCGACAUUUGUAACCGCACGUGCCCCAACUGCGUAAACGGACUGUGUGGACAGAGUACCGGAUUCUGUCAGCUAGGAUGCGUCAAUGGUUACUAUGGCGACAAUUGUAACUACAAAUGUGGCGACCGAUGCACGGUGUGCAACCGAGUGAAUGGGACCUGCGAGGUUUGCAACGUUAGUACAUUCGGUGACACGUGUCAGCGUAACUGUAGCGGCAACUGUGUUUCUGACCCUGGGCAGAGUUUCAUCACGUGCGCGAAAGAGAACGGUGACUGCACGAGCGGCGUGUGUAAGCCCGGGUUCUUUUCCCCACACUGUGCCCUAACAUGCAGUCCAACAUGUGCGGAGAGAGGCCCCGACGUGCAAGUGUGUAAAAUAGACACCGGGGACUGCCUGCAUGGAUGUGACGACGGAUUCUAUAAUCCCACGUGCGCGCAUCCGUGCAGUAAUACGUGCAGGAAUAAACGAUGCGUGAACGCCGGGAACAACUGCGUGGAUGGGUGUGUCGCUGAAUGCUACAACUUUCCGACCUGUGACAAGGCUUGUAAUUCAAAUUGUGUCAACUCCACGUGCGAUGACAUAGGUGGCGCCUGUAGUUACGGAUGUCGCGUCGGUUACUAUGGAAACCAAUGCCAGUUGACGUGUCUCUUGAACAACACGUGCGUUAACAACACGUGCGACAGAACGCUUGGGUAUUGCAGAGAAUGCGACCUCCCUAAACCCGGAUUCCAGUGCAGAGAGGCUGACUACGAGAAUGCAGCGGCUAGGGGGGUAGCAACUGCUCAGGAAGCACAUGUGAGCGAUACACGGCGAUGUGCAAAGGGUGUAUCAGCGGCCGUUAUGGCGACCACUGUGAGAGAACAUGCUCCAACUGUGCUAGUGGCGUCUGUGAUCAGACUUUCGGUGUUUGCCAAGGCGCAUGCGUGGACGGCUAUUUCGGGGAAACGUGUGACACCCGUUGCGGCAAUCGAUGCACGCGCUGUGCGCAGUUUACUGGAGCGUGUCUGGUUUGCAAUGUCGGAGCUCACGGAACUUAUUGUGAAUUCAAUUGCAGUAACCAGUGCCUCCCGUUGUCGUCAGGCGUCUGUUAGAUCACCGAAUACUGCACCCGCGGAUGCCUUCUCGGGUGGUACGGCGACAUGUGCGACCGGAUGUGCAACGCCACGUGCACGGAUGGGCGGUGUAGCAGGACGCUGGGGGUUUGUGAAGAGUGCAGCAAGACCAAUCCGUCACCGCUCUGUAGAACUUCCGGUAAGUAUCAUAAGAUCUUGUCCCGCCGGACUGACCGGAACCUUCUGUAACGUAUCAUGCAGCAGCAAUUUCUUCGCCGAAAAUAAAUGCGGCCGCUAUACCGGAACCUGCAUCGGUUGUCUCGUCGGUCGCUAUGGCGACCAGUGUGAAAGGCAAUGUGACACCUGUCUGGCGGGAACCAAGUGUCAACAGGUUGACGGACGGUGUGAUGAUGAAUGCAUGCCGGGAUAUUACGGCUCCUUUUGCCGACAGAGCUGUACCACGUGUAUCACGUGCACGAAGUCGACCGGUCUAUGUACAACGUGCACCCGCGGGCAAUACGGAGAGUUGUGCCAGUACAACUGCAGUCGCGCAUGCGUGCCGGUAGGGAGCAUCAUUUCCUGUGACAUCGUAACGGCCGACUGCGCGUCCCGUCAGUGUACGGCCGGUUACUGGGACACGGACUGUUUUUCGUUCUGUAACCCGAAUUGCGGCAGAAGUAACACGACGGGUCUGGUUUCGUGUGACUUCCUGACUGGUCGGUGUAGCUCGGAGUGCGUUUCCGGUUGGUACGGGAGCCACUGUGACAGGAAGUGUGAAUCUCUUUGUUAUGAUGGCAGGUGUGACCGGAACCAGGGCGUCUGUGUGGAAUGUCUGAAGCCAAACCCUGACUUCAACUGCCCCUCCGGACUUUGCACAGAGGGCUACUACGGCCAGAGCUGUCAGACCCUCUGCUCCACGGGUUGUGUACGCACGUGUGACCGGUACACCGCCAAGUGUGCCAACUGCAGGGACGGGCUGUGGGGAGACACGUGCGACAAGAACUGCGAAUGGGCGCUCAGCUGCUCCGCGGAUUGUGGACGAUGUUCGCCGGAAGCGUUUGGUAUCGACCGAUGUGACAUAAACACCGGGAUCUGCAACACUGACUCCUGGCUACCGGGUUACCAUGGAAACAGGUGUCAGAACACGUGCGGCUUUACCUGCAAGGAUUCCACUUCCGGUGUUAACGAAUGCAACCGGAACACGGGGAUUUGCACGAACGGUUGCGAUAUCGGGUACUACGACGUCUACUGUGACAAGAAUUGUAGCGACAGAUGUAGAAACAGAGACUGCGCGACGACCGCCAACGAUUGCCGCCAGGAAUGCGCGUACGGUUACUAUGGCGUCGGCUGCCUGACGGCCUGUCCGUCAAACUGUCUUGCCCAACUUGUACAUAUGGACUUUUCUGUAACCAGUCGUGUGCUGCCGGAUGUGCGGGCACUUGUCACAGAUAAUCCUCUGUUUGCACCGGAUGUGACGAUGUGUUCGCUGAUCUGCGGAAAAUGUUCUCCAAUUAGAUGUGACCAAAACACAGGCUCGUGCAGCGUCUGUCAGAACGGUUACUACGCCGGCGGAUGCAACACCCCGUGCCUGUUCGCGAACUGUGACACUUGCAACAAAGACAGCGGCCAGUGCAGUACGUGCAAGACUGGUUUCUACGGAACCCGGUGUGACCUGAGUUGUAGCCCAAACUGCGCCGCUAACAUCAACGGUGUGAUAUCGUGCAGUAAAGAUCUCGGGCUCUGUGAUGAGCAGAGAUGCAGGCCGGGAUACUGGGACACCACGUGCACUAUUCAGUGCAGCGCCGCCUGUCUAAGGGACAGCGCCGGUAACCGGAUAUGCCAGUUCAGCAACGGCACUUGUAUCGUGGGAUGUGAGGAUACCUACUUCGGGUCGGAGUGCGGUCAGAGCUGCAGCGCCACCUGUGUAGCCAGACAGUGCGGUCGCACAGGUGUGUGCUCCGCCCAGGGUUGUGUAACGGGUCGCUAUGGUGACAGGUGCGAGUUCUCAUGUUUGGACACGUGCAACGACAACACGUGCGGCAGGACUUCCGGUGUAUGUGAUGAAUGCAACAAACUUCCACAGCUGCAGAGCGCGUUAUGCAGAACGGCAGAAUGCGGAGCAGGCCUUACAGGUUUGUUUUGCAACGUGUCAUGUCCGACAAACUGCCAGGGUGUAUGUGGCCGCUAUACGCAGAAAUGCACCGCAUGUCAGAGCGGUUACUAUGGAAACACAUGUCAGAGCACGUGCGGGAAUUGCGCGAGCAGAAUCUGUUACCAAGAAAACGGAACUUGA